AUGAAAAGUGAAACAUUGCGCAUAGCAUGUGACCAAGUGCUGGAUAUUUUUGCUGGUGUGAUUUCUCAACUGCGUAUUUACUUUUUUUGAGCGCAUUUCUUUCAAUAUAUUGAUAAAUUUUAUAUCAUUGUGAUUGAAAUUCAUGGAUGGUAUGAAUAUGGAUCAGGAUUUUAAUGUCUGUCGUAUGACACUUCAAAAUAUUCUGCAAACAAGAGAUCUGUCUCAUCCACUUCAAGUAAAUCAAGUGGGUAAAGAUGACAAAGAUUAUACAGAAAUUUGCCCUGAUGCUUCAGCUGCUUUUUUGGGACCUAACCUGUGGGAUGAAUAUAAAACAGCCUUCAUUGAUUUGGAUAGUGUUUUGGGAAAUAGCCCUGAUAAUGGUAUCCACUCUUUAGAAAAUUUGGAACAUAGUAUAAAUGAAAAUGGACAGCAACAGUUGCAAAUUACAGCUGAAGAAAAUUCAAAUGUUCUUAUGCCAGGUGUGUGCUCUGGUGAGCAAUCUCCUAUGUGUUCUCCUGCUCAAUCUGAUACUAAUUCAAUGCAAAGCUUUUCUGAUGUUCCAGAAAAAAGAUCAAGAUCAAGAUCAUAUUCAAUAGACUGUAAGUUUUCUCCUUCAGAUUUGGCAUUAGCCACACCUCCAGGGCAUAAGCAUUAUGAUCCAGCAUCGACAGUCUUCCCUGAAGAAGAGUUGAAGCCACAGCCAAUUAUUAAAAAAUCUCGCAAAAAUUUUGUACCUGAUAACCUCAAAGAUGAUAAAUAUUGGGCAAGACGCCAUAAGAAUAAUAUAGCUGCCAAAAGGUCACGUGAAGCACGACGUUUGAAGGAGAAUCAGAUUGUACUUAGAGCUUCAUAUCUGGAGAAAGAGAACAACUCGCUUAAGGAAGAUGUUAUUCGUUUACAAGCUGAAAAUGAUAUGUUGAAGGAGAAAAUAAGAAAAUAUGAGUCAUGAACAGUCAUUUCAUUUAAUUGUACAGUAUGCUAUUAACAAGGUAUUAAAUACCUUGUCAGAAAAACUGUGUAUUGCAUAAGGCUUUCACAUGUUUUUGCAUACAUAACAAAUUAGUGAAAUUGCAGAACAAAGAUUUUUUAAGAAAGAUUAGAGAUUUAUGAAUAGUUGCUUAGUAAUAUUUUUAUCACUUGUUUGAUAGUUGCUUAGUAUCAUUGUUAAAAGUUGUAUUCAGAAUUUUAUGAUUGAUUCAACUUUUGUUUUAUUUUAGGCAUUAAUUCUAUGUCAUGUACCAUUGUUUAGUUAUCUUUAAUUGCAUUUUAUGGUGUGUGUAUUCAUUAUGUAAGCAACAACAUUAGUCCAUGAUUUAAGUAAUAUUUUCUUUUGUUCUUUUAUUGAAUAGUAUGUAAAAGAAUUCUCAUUGUCAUUUUAGAGAAAUAAUAUCCAUUAAAUCAUGUUGAAAAUAAAAAUUCAGUGAUCAUAAGAUUUUUAUGCAUAUUAAAUUGUGCAUGACCAAACAAAACAAAUAAGAUAAAAGCUAAUGGAUAAUAUAUACUUUAAUUAAAGAAUAGGACAUAUAAUAUAUAUAAUAUUAUAUGUCCUAUUCUUUAAUUAAAGUUGAAUGCCAAUUACAUCAAUCAAGAUUCAAUCUGGCUUUCAAAUUGUCUUUGUAUGUUAAUUGUUGUUCUAUUUGAAAAAUCCAUAAUGCAUUUUUAUGCAUAAACUUUCCAUGAUAUUUGCAUCUCCCUAAAAAGGUAUUUAUUAUCUAUGAAAAAUUAAGUUUAAAAUUAUUAAAAACAAUUAGAACACCAUUAAUAAUCUUUUUCUCUUCAAUAAACCCAUAACAUAUAUUCAUUGUACUAAUGAAUACAUACCUGUACAGAUUUUUCGUGUUUUUCAUGUUGUGUUUAACUACCAAUUGUAGACUUAAUAAAUAGUGUGAUGUUUUAGUGUUUCCCUCUUGUACAUUAUUUUUGUAACUUGUACAAAUGUAAUGAAUUAGCGUUUUGGGGUAUUUUUUUCUUCUUGCUUGAACAAACUCUUCGCUUAAUUAGUUCUCACUCUUGAUUACUUGCCUUCAUGAAAGAAAUUUCUAUUGCCAUUGUGGUGCUUGUCAUUCCGGCCUUAUGAUGAAACUUGCCAGUUUUCUGAGAAAUUUUAUUUCUACUUUUAAUAAACAUGGAUUCUAGAAAUGUGGAUUAUUUUUAGUAAGUGAUUUAGUAAUUAGUAAUAUUAAUCGGUUAAUAGACACAGCUAGUUCAAAUCUAUAAUGCAGAUUUAGUCAAAUGCAUGUGAAAAGUAAUUUUACCUGUGUUUGACAGAAUUUGAUUGAGUUUUGUUGGAUCUUUCUUAAAAUGGAAUCAUAUUAUACUUGCACAUUUAAUCAUAUAUUAUACUUGCUUAUUUUUAUCAGCUGUCAAUAUCGUAAUACUGUAAUAAGUAUAUAUUUGUGUCCGAAUCUGAAUAAUUAUAUUAAAAUCGAAUGAAAAUAAUACACUGUAUAAAUGAAGGUUAUUGAUCUUCUGAUUUUGGAAACUGUCUUAUCUUUUUCUGUUUGGUGGAUGUUAUAUUGGUUCUAUAUGAUGUAUUGCUGCCUGUUAAAGUGGUUCAAUAUCUGUUAUUUCACCCAUCUUAAUAUUUAUCUUUGUUUUAUGUAUGCCUGCAAUUCUUGGUUUUGAUUUGUGCUAACUUAAGUUAGUACUUUCAAGUUUACUUUUCAUUUUGCUCAGAGGAAUUCUUAAUAUAACUUAAAGUAAUUUUCCUUUUCUUUCCUAGAAUAAAAUGGCUAAUAAUUUCGUGAUUUUGUUGAAGUUCGUUUUUUGUUUGUUUUGCCAUUCUAAAAGUGCUAACUGCUGUGUUUAUAGUGGUCUAUCACUGUAAACAUAUGCCGUUUUCAUUAAAAUUACUUAAUAUAUAAGGGAAAAAGCAUGUUUCUCUUAUCCCCUCUAAAUCUUCUUUGUUACAUUUUCAAGACUGUUUGUUUUUUUGUUAGACUAUUAAAUAUUUGAAAUUUAUAUAUAAUUGUGUUUGGAAUAAGGGAUUUAUUAAGUUUCAUUCUACUUAAAGUGAAACUUCAAUUAUCAAUUGUCUGUAUUUUUAUUUGAAAACUCGGGUGAAUGCAAUCAUUUGCAUUUGUGAUAGAGAAAAGUUAAGUUUGGAAUUUUAUGAGAAAAUUUAAAUUUUAAACUAAUUGUGAUGAUGACAAUGGGACCAUAAGGUUCUUAAUGUAGAUAUCUAGAGAUACGAAAGUAGAGAUGAGGUCUAUUAUAUGCAUAUUAAAAACUACUAUGCUAGCUGAUCACUUCUAAAUUUUGUUUCUGGAAACUUUAUAAAAAGAAAUAUGCACUAAGAAGUCUUUAGAUUUUAGGUGUUGAUUUUUAUCUGAACAGUUUUAUUUCAAGAUAUAAAAGAAUUUUAAGAUCAAGUGCACAUAAAGUUUUUUUUAGAACAGUUUUUCUUGAUUUUUGUUAAGGUAAUUGGUAUUUUAUGCUUUCAAGGCAUUCUUAUUCUCAGGUUGUAUUAUGUAAGCAUAGAUUAGGGAACUUUUCUAUACUUUUUUUUUCUUAUAGAACUAAAUGACUUUUCUGUUGGAAAUUCAUGGAAAUGAUAAUAUAUGCUUAUAUGAUAUGUCCUAUUCUCAGGUCAAAACUUUUGAUAAAAGCUGAAUGAAAUGUCCAUUUUUUGAAGUUUUAUAUGGCAAAAUUGAAUUUUAACUGUAGUGAGGAUAUAAGAUGAAAUUAGCACAGUUUCCAGCUUGAAGUUGAUUCUAUUUUCUGACCAACAAAGAAGCAUAAUUAUUUUUUUAUCAUAAAAAUUUGCCAAAUAGAUUUAUUGUAGUAUUGUUAUAUUUUGCUUCAAUAUCAAAUAUCAAUCUCAUAUAAAGCUCUGUUGAGCUUGUGCUAUUUUUACAUUACACUGCAUGCUGCACAUUCAGCUUGUAUUAAAAUUAUAUAAGAAACUUAGCUGUUAUUAGAAUUUUAUCAAAAGAAGGGUUAUGUUUUUAUAAAUAUUAUUGUUUGCUCAAGUUAUAAUCAAUGGCUGAGAAAAUGCCUUCUGUUGAUUGUAUAUUGAAAGAUAGUUUUCUCAUAUAUGUGCAUUAUAUGAUAAUCUUUUAAUUCACAUAUAGAUUUUUUUAAAAGGCAAAGUAUUUUAACUCAUGUUAUGCUAUGUUCAUCUUUCAAUUUCCCAUUAAUCAGCAUAAGUUAUGGAUGGUCAUUUUCAGUCCUAUUAGUACAAAUUAUAUUUCUUCGUGUUUGUUAUGCAUUUAUUAAUUGUCUUUAUACUUAUAUUCAUUGCAGUUUUAAAUACAGCAAAAAAUUUCUUUUAAAAAGCUGUUUAAUUUUUUGAAAUUCCUUUUAGAGUACGGUUAGUAUUUUUUGUCAAAUAUUUUUUAAAUAUUAUAUUUACUAAAACAUAUCUGUUUCAGGGAACUCUUAUUGAGUUCAUUCUUUCAGAUGCUCUGUAGGAUAUCACUGUAUAUUAUGAGUUUUGAUGCACCUCUUAGUGUACCUUGCAUGAUUUGUUUGUGCAUGACAAGGAGCUUUUGUGAGUUAUAGAAAGUCAUCGUUCUUUGUGAUACAGUGAGUAAUUUUGUAAGCUUAAUAGCUGUUUUGUCUGAAAGUUGUCACAUUUUAGAUUGAUGAAUAUUUACAGUUGAUGUUGUCUUAAAUAUUUAAUGUUGUGAACUGUGCAAAUUUUAUUGUGAAUUCUUCUAGUUGUAAAUGAAAUAUUUUAUAUUGACUUGAGAUUAGAGAUUGUUGAGGAUUUUAUUUCAUUAGAUUGACAUUUUAAAGUAGUUCUAAAAGUUAAAUAUUCUGUUGAAAUUAUGUGUAUAAGUUAUCAAUUUGUUAAUAAAAAUUUAUUCUGA